UUCUUGUUCUGGCCAACAUGGCAGCUCCGGCGAGCGCGGCGAUGAGCGAACGCGAGCUAAAGUUCGUUCAAAUCGGGCUCAGCGAGCAAAAAGCCAAGGAGACGGCGAAGAAUGCGGCACUCUCGCAAGGUCUCUACGACGCCAUCUUGGCGGCCGAGAGAACAACGAGCCAGCCGAUCACGAAGGCCAUGGGAAACCUGCUGUACCACGUCGUGACAAAGAUGAAGGGACAAAUAAAACAGUACGAGCCGCUGCUCAUCGAAUACGUCGCCAAGGGAAAGCUCGACUCCGAGGCCAAGCUGUCAGCUGCCAUGGACUACCUGCUCACGCACCCGGAACCGCCGCUGGACACAAAGGCGUUCGAGACGCACAGUGGCGUCGGCGUUGUUGUCUCACCCGACCAGAUUGAGAAGGCCGUCGAGGACGUCGUCAACACUCAUCGGGAGAAGCUCGUGGAAGACCGAUACCAAUUCAACGUUGGCAUUCUACUAGCGGAAGCUCGCGCGAAGCUGCCCUUUGCGGAGGGCAAGUUCAUCAAGAACGAGGUGGACUUGCAGGUGCUGCACCUGCUUGGCCCUAAGUCGGACGCCGACCUCCAGAAGGCGUCUCGUCCUAAGACCAAGGGAGGCAAGGAGCGCCCGAAAGCCUGCACUCCUCGGGAUACGCAGUCGGUCGACAUUCACUUAAAUAGUGAUGUCAUAUCUGCUGACACCGGUGCCAACACGAUGGAGGAACUCUUCCGGACCAAAGUGCACUUCCACAAACCCGGCGAAAACCAGAAGACUGAGGGCUACAUCGUCACCCCGACCACCAUGACGCAUCUGAAGCACCACCUCAAGGUUACCGGCGGCAAGGUUAGGACGCGGUUCCCUCCCGAGCCCAACGGCAUCCUGCACAUCGGUCACGCCAAGGCCAUCAACGUGAACUUUGGUUACGCCAAGGCGCAAGGCGGCGUCUGCUUCCUGCGCUACGACGACACCAACCCCGAGAAGGAAGAGGAGCGUUUCUUUGCGGGCAUCCAGGACAUGGUGCAGUGGCUAGGCUAUGAACCUUACAAGGUGACGCAUGCAUCCGACUACUUCGACGACCUCUACGUUCUGGCCGUGCGACUGAUACAGCGCGGUCUGGCCUACGUCUGUCACCAGACGGCGGAGGAGCUCAAGGGGUUCAAUCCGCCGCCAUCACCUUACCGAGAUCGCACCAUUGAACAGAAUCUCCGAUUGUUUGAGGACAUGCGCAAGGGCAAGUUCAACGAGGGCGAGGCCACGCUGCGCAUGAAGGUGACCCUGGAGGAAGGCAAGCAGGACCCCGUGGCGUACCGGGUGCGCUUCGUGCCGCACCCGCGCACGGGCGACAAGUGGUGCAUCUACCCGACGUACGACUUCACCCACUGCCUGUGCGACUCGCUCGAGCACAUCACCCACUCGCUGUGCACCAAGGAGUUCCAGUCGCGCCGCUCCUCCUACUACUGGCUCUGCAACGCCGUCGACGUCUACUGCCCCGUGCAGUGGGAGUACGGACGGCUCAACCUCAACUACACCGUCGUCUCCAAGCGGAAGAUCGCCAAGCUCAUCGAGCAGGGCAUCGUCAGGGAUUGGGAUGACCCACGGCUGUACACAUUGACAGCGCUGAGGAGGCGUGGAUUUCCCCCGGAUGCUAUCAAUAACUUCUGUGCAAAGCUCGGUCUGACGGGGUCACUGUCGGCUGUAGACCCUCAGCUGCUGGAGGCCUGCGUCAGGGAUUCUCUAAACCUGACCGCACCUAGGGUAAUGUGCGUGGUGGAACCGAUCAAGGUGACCAUCACAAACUUCCCGCACGGUCAGAACGCCGAGGUGCCGGUCACGGUACCCGACUUCCCGGCCUCGCCCGAGCGAGGCUCGCACACGGUCACCCUUGCCAACGUGGUCUACAUCGAGGUGGCCGACUUCCGGGAGGCCGCCGACAAGUCUUUCCGCCGCCUCACGCUCAAGCAGUCCGUCGGCCUCCGGCACACCGGGCUGGUCAUAUCAAUUAGCAAAGUCAUCAAGGACGCUGCCGGCGACGUUCAGGAGUUGGAGGUGACGUGCCAAAAAGCCGAAGACGCCGAGAAGCCCCGCGCAUUCAUCCACUGGGUCUCCAAGCCAGUCAACUGCGAAGUGCGGCUGUACGACCGGCUGUUCUUCCACAAGAACCCCGAGGACCCGAGCGAAGCGGUCGGUGGCUUUCUCAAUGACGUCAAUCGAGAUGCCAUGACAAUUUGCACCGACUCGCUAAUCGACCAGUCGCUGGCUAGCUGUUCCGUCUUGGACAAGUUCCAGUUUGAGCGCCUGGGAUACUUCUGCGUCGACCAGGACAGCACACCGGAAAAGAUUGUGUUUAACAGGACGGUCACGCUAAAAGAGGAUUCCGGGAAGAACUGACAGCGUGGACACCGUCGUCCUUAGGUGCCUCCGUUUUUCAAAGUGUCCCGAAUGACGCGUAACAACGCACAAGGACUCUAUUUUUUCAAAUAUUUUUUCGUACGCUCGACAGUCACUCGAUAGUGCGUUUCCCAUUGCCUCCUGCAAGCUUGCCAAAGCCUCAUUCACUCUACAUGACGACUGGGGCAAUCGCCAAAAUGAACACAUCGCUAGUAA